CUGACAGAGCGCACACCGCGAUCUGGCGGCCACCACCAACCUGUACUUUUGCAGCUCGCCAUUGUCGCCCUUUGACUAUUCUGUUCUAUUAACCUCCAUUUUCCUGAAUAAGCAACCUGAUUCCUGAGUGAGAAAGAUUCGAAUCGGCGUAUGAUCAUGGCGCUCUCCAGGCUUCGUCAUGCCGCGAUUUUCCGAGCUCCUUCCCUCUUCAGAGCUCGCCUUCUCUCCCCUUCCUCCACCCUACGAUCUCUCUCUAGCAGUUCUGAGGUGCUAAAUCAUAUUCCUGAAGUCACUUCAUUAAGGCCUAUACAGUUUCCUAUGUUCAAUGGAGUUCAUCAUAAUUCUUCCAAGUUACCAAGUGGUGUCAGAUAUUUUUCAUCGGCAGAGAGUGCUUCCCAUACUGUUUUAGCAAUGCCAGCUCUGUCGCCUACAAUGAGUCAAGGGAAUAUUGCCAGAUGGAGGAAGAAAGAAGGGGAUAAGAUAGAAGUGGGGGAUGUGUUGUGUGAGAUAGAGACUGACAAAGCUACACUUGAGUUUGAAAGUCUUGAAGAAGGUUUUCUGGCAAAGAUACUAGUGCCUGAAGGAUCAAAGGAUGUGCCUGUUGGACAGCCUAUAUGCAUUACGGUUGAAGAAGCAGAUGAUAUACAGAAAGUCCCUUCUACCUUUAAUGGUGAUUCAGAAGUUGGAGAUACAGCUGGGCAACAAAAUGCUGCACAGGGAGAUGCAGUUCCUGAAGCAAGUCCUGUGAACAUUGACACAUCGGACCUUCCUCCACAUAUUGUUCUUGGAAUGCCAGCAUUAUCCCCAACCAUGAAUCAAGGUAACCUUGCUAAAUGGAGGAAGCAGGAAGGGGAUAAGAUUGAGGUUGGUGAUGUUCUUUGUGAGAUAGAAACUGACAAAGCAACCCUUGAAUUUGAAAGCCUUGAAGAAGGAUUCUUGGCCAAGAUACUGGCUCCUGAAGGCUCAAAAGAUGUUUCUGUUGGACAGCCUAUUGCAAUAACGGUUGAGGAUGCAGAUCACAUUGAAGCUGUGAAGGCAUCAUCUAUCGGUAGCAAUAAGGUGGUGAAAGAAGAAAAGCCUAUCCUCCAGGACUCUACAAAAGACGAUAGACCAGAGAAAACAGGCUUCAAGAGAAUUAGUCCAGCUGCAAAGUUGUUAAUUUCAGAACACAGGUUAGAUGCGUCAUCAAUUCCAGCUUCUGGUCCUCAUGGGACUCUAUCAAAAGGAGAUGUUUUAGCAGCAAUAAAGUCCGGAAUAGGAUCAUCCAAGAUCUCCUCAGGCAAAGCGGCAAUGCCUUCAUCACCUCAGACUCACCCCCAAACUGCUUCAUCAGAAUCAGUUGGGUUAAAGUCUGAUUUAAAGCAACCAGAUUCUUAUGAAGAUUUUCCCAACAGUCAGAUUCGCAAGGUGAUAGCAUCUAGGCUGUUGGAAUCAAAGCAAUCUACACCUCAUUUAUAUUUAUCCACAGAUGUUAUGCUGGAUUCUCUUCUUUCCUUCAGAAAGGAACUUAAAGAAAAGUACGAUGCUAAAGUCUCAGUGAAUGACAUUGUCAUUAAAGUUGUUGCCAUUGCGCUAAAAAAUGUUCCAGAAGCAAAUGCAUACUGGGAUGCUGGAAAAGGUGAAGUGGUGUUGUGUGAUUCUGUUGACAUAUCAAUUGCAGUUGCUACUGAAAAGGGAUUGAUGACUCCCAUUAUUAGGAACGCGGAUCAGAAAUCAAUAUCUGCAAUUUCCUUAGAGGUUAAGGAACUUGCUGAAAAAGCACGAACUGGAAAGCUUAAACCCAAUGAAUUCCAAGGCGGGACUUUUAGCAUUUCAAACUUGGGGAUGUUCCCAGUGGACCGUUUUUGCGCAAUCAUUAACCCCCCUCAGGCUGGCAUACUUGCCGUUGGUAGAGGGAAUAAAGUUGUUGAGCCAGUUGUUGGUCCCGAUGGAAUUGAAAUGCCCGCUGUUGUUACAAAAAUGAAUCUGACCCUAUCUGCUGAUCAUCGCGUGUUUGAUGGGAAGGUUGGAGGCGCUUUCCUUGCAGCUCUGAAUUCAAACUUCACUGACAUUCAACGGCUUCUGCUAUAAUAGCGUAUAGUUCAAUUUUGUUCUCUCGGGUUCAUGCUCAAAACAAGUUUUACUUCCCCUGAAUGUUCUGCAUUUUGCUUUAGUCGUUCCAUUAAUUUUGCUUCAUUCAUAAGGUCCAAAUUCAAGGGGCCGCCUUCUGAUUUUGAGAGAGGUUUUCCCAUUUCAGAAGAUCACGCAGCAGACUAGGUUUCUUCUCUGCAAAGAUGGAAAUGAGAAAAUUGAAUUAAUAAAUAGCUCCUGAUUACUCCCAACGAUCACAUUCUGGGUUUUUUUUUUUUUUGGGGUGUUGAAAGUGCCAUUACAUUCUCACUUUACCAGCUAUAUAUAUAUAUAUAUGAAGUUGAAAUGCACUUCUAGCUGGAAAAUAACACCUUUACCGAUAGGGUAAAUUUAGUUGAGGUGAAUAAUGUGGACGGUUUGGAAUGCAUACUUCAAUGUAACAUAAAGCUUUUUUGCUGUUGUUCCGUCUUAGGUAAACUGAAUGUCCCCUAUUCAUUUUCA